AACAGGCAAACACCUCUCCUUCAAGUGAGCACCGACCCAAACAAGCAGGAAACAGGAAAUGUUCACGUUUCAGCCGGGCUGAAACUCCGCACAGCAUCAGCAUCAUGCCGGGGCGCGCGGACACCGCGGCUCCCCGCGCCGCCCUCGUCUUCGCGCUGGCGAUCGCGUCCCUCCCCAGCGGCCAGGCUCCGGAUUUCUUGGCGGAAACAGAACAGUCAGGAGAAAUGCCCCAAGAAGUGGCCGUGCCAGAUGAAGAGACUGUCUCUCUGAGCACGUUUGCUAUGGUGACCACAGAAUCAUUCACCACAAAUAUGAACUCCACCCUUAAUGGUGAGGAUACAGAUCAGCUAGAGUUUAUACUCAUGGUGUUGAUCCCAUUGAUUUUACUGGCCCUCCUACUUUUAUCGGUGAUACUCCUUGCAACAUACCGUAAAAGAAAAAAGAAUAAACCAGAGCCCUCUAGCCAAGGAUCUCAGAACAUUUUACAGACAUGUGAACUGGGAAAUGAAAACUUGAAAGUACCUAUUUUUGAGGAAGACACACCCUCUGUCAUGGAAAUAGAAAUGGAAGAGCUUGAUAAGUGGAUGAACAGCAUGAAUAGAAAUGCCGACUAUGAAUGUUUACCUACCUUAGAGGAAGAAAAGGAACCAAACCAAAACCACCCAAGUGAUGCUGAAUCCUAAAACUGAAUGGUACUAACGUUUUCCAAGAGAAGCAGCCCCGGAGGAAGCCUGGAAGCCUGCUGGGCUUGUCAACAGAGGAUGAAGAGGAUACAAAUUUAAUUAAUUUCCAAUCAACGUAAACAGAAGAACUUUCUGCUGUUUCUUCCAAUGCCCAGUGCAUCACCUGUACUUGGAAGCAGGCAUGGUUCGGAAAUCCUAGGCCAAGGCCAGAUGCCAUCCAUCACUGAGGGCGGAAGAGUCGUAAGAUGCAGGCACCUUCCCUCAGGGGCUGUUCCCUCUGCUCAGCCAACCUCAGCUAACUGUCCCUUCAUCCUGGCCACGCUAAGUCCUGGUUACCUUUCUGCUUCAUUCCUUAGGGUGUGAAUCAGGCAGCUGUCUUAUCUCUGGUUUCCUUCUGGGUCACCUGAUGACCUAAACUAGCUUUGGAUUAUUUCUUCUGAUUAGUCAAGUCCUCGGAUGGGUCAUUGACGUUCACAGGAACUUUUCUCAAGGGGAGUUAUGCCUUGGAAAAGGCAGCCAGCAAAGCAAGUCUUUCAAUGUAUCCCCCAGCCCAGGGGGUUGGUGAGCUCAGGUCUGCCUGCCAAGGAGACACAGGGAAAGAGCCCACCGUCCUGAGGGGAUGUCGUCUGGUGACUUGUGGACCCCUAGAGGCCGGGUGAUGGAGGAACAGGAAUGUUCAAUGAAAGAGCAACUGUCUUCCUUCUCAGCUAAAAUCAGCUCCCUGUUCCCAAUUCCCCACAGCUGUCGUCGCCACACCUCCCUCACAUGUGAUGCGUUGGUGUGGGGUGUGUGCACGUGGGCCUCCUCAGGUAUCUUCUGUGUCUCUGAGGUUUUUAGGGUCAUGGGGAACAAAUAAAACAGGUACGGGAUCUCUCUGUGCCAGUGGCAGUUACCCCUCCUCGGGCCCACGGUCUUUCCCACCGGCUGGGACAGGCCCCCCUUCCCCGUGUUCUCAACACAGCUCCCCAGGGGGCCACCAACGGCCCCGCAGAGAUGACAUUCUCUGUGAUUUUUGUUGACAUCCUUGUGCUAAAAGCAAUGGAGCAAAAUGCAGAAGGGCCCUGUUUAUCACUCCAACACACGCAAAAUCAAUCUCCAUUUAAUCCUUAAUUUUCCAGUUCUGACCUUUAAAGCAAUCUUGCAAAUUGGGAGUCCUCAGCUCUUCCACGGCACCUGGUAUUUUAUUCCAGAAAAGAAACCGAGAAUGGAAACUUUAUUUUAUGUCUCACAUAUGAACUGAAGGUGGGGGGGAGGGGAGGGGUUGAGGUUCACCAAACAUUUGCUGCUGGAUUCGGGGUCUUGUGUUUGAGAGGCUGCCUUAAUGCAUAAUGAAAACCGUCCUCCGGCUUUUCAGAAUUCCUUCACCAGCACUGGCCUUCUGAACGAUGCCCGUAAUUUUAAAGGCAGAGUUCCAAGCCAGGGAGGUCUUUCCACCCCAAUGAGAGAACCAUCGGAUUGUGUUUAACCAUUGCUAUUGUGUCAUCCUGGGACUGCGCAGAGCUUUGGCAAAAGACAGGCUUCUUGGUAUAUAACCUCAACAGAGUUGUCUGCUGUAUUCUCAGCAGCACAUCCUAAUAUGGCAUUUUUGCUUUCUUUGUUCUUUGGCAUAUUCACAUUCAACUUGUGGUCCACGGUGACUCUCAGCUGCCUAUGCCAAAAUGGCCAUUUUCCACAUCAUCCUGUCUGCCUGUUUUGUUACUUUAAGUUUGCGUCUCAUCAACAUUUUGACUCUCAGAAGAGUCUCUUCCUUCUCUUGGUUUCUUAAGAUUUUAAUCCAGCACUUAGGUCUGUAGACAUCACCCAACCCUGUUGAGUAAUGGACUUCAGCAGUUCAGAGACGUAUGUGUGUUCUUGGAAUCUCACUUUGAUCAAGUGAUAUUUCAUGAUAUGAUAAAAGCGGUCUCAUUUAGUAUUUAAGGUAACUUCAAUUUCCACAAGAAGUAAGCUUCAGCAAACGUCACUGAGUUUAUAUCUGAAAAAUGUACUAACCUUUAUAAUGGCACCCUGUGCAAGGCACUUUAAAAAAGGAUUUUAUUCUGGCAAGAUAUAUAACAUUUGUGUGGGUCAGAACAGUCGAGGGGCAAUACUAGCACUCUGUCCUUUUAUUACUAUCUGAUCAAGAGGCAUCAUAGAUUUAUGGUCAUUCUGAGAAUUGUUUUUAAACCCAAACUUAACUUUUAUGUUUCAGACUAUGGUUAGUAAAAAUCUUAAUCAUUUGCCCUGAUUGGGUAGCCAAUCAGAGCAAAGUCUGACUGUAGAAUAUUUUAAAGAUGUGUAAGGUUUUAUUGCAUUUUUGUACCUAUUAAGCAAACUAGGUUACAACGUUGCCUAGUUGAACUCCUCAGGAAACUUGUUUUAAUAAAGGUGUGAAAAUAUCCGUCUUAA